GGGUAGGCGGUUUUAGUCUGGACUUAGGCGCUUGCAGACUCCGGCCAUGGAGGGGCCUGAAUGGGAGUCGCUGGAGCAGUGCUUGGAGAAGCACCUGCCACCCGCAGACUUGAGGGAGGUGAAACGCAUUCUCUAUGGCAAGGAAACCAGGAAGCUCGAUCUGCCCGGCAGGGCUUUUGAAGCCGCCUCUGAAGGGGACUUUGAGCUGCAAGGAUAUGCCUUUGAGGCAGCAAAGGAGCAACUGAGGCCACCUCGGACCAUGCGUGUGGGACUUGUUCAGAACAGAACUCCCCUGCCUGCCGAUGCCCCUGUGGCAAAACAGGUCACUGCCCUUCACAGACGCAUAGAAGCCAUCGCAGAGGUGGCUGCAAUGUGUGGAGUGAACAUCAUCUGUUUCCAGGAAGCAUGGACUAUGCCCUUUGCUUUCUGUACGAGAGAGAAGCUCCCUUGGACGGAAUUUGCUGAGUCAGCAGAGGAUGGACCCACCACCAGAUUCUGUCAGAAGCUGGCAAAGAAGCAUGACAUGGUGGUGGUAUCCCCCAUCCUGGAACGAGACAGAGAGCAUGGGGACAUUUUGUGGAACACAGCUGUGGUGAUCUCCAAUUCUGGAGCUGUCCUGGGAAAGACCAGGAAAAACCACAUCCCCAGAGUGGGUGACUUCAAUGAGUCAACUUACUACAUGGAGGGAAACCUCGGACACCCCGUGUUCCAGACUCAGUUCGGGAGGAUUGCGGUGAACAUUUGCUAUGGGCGGCACCACCCUCUCAACUGGCUCAUGUACAGCAUCAACGGGGCUGAGAUCAUCUUCAACCCCUCAGCCACCAUCGGAGCACUCAGUGAGUCCCUGUGGCCAAUUGAGGCCAGAAACGCAGCCAUUGCAAAUCACUGCUUCACCUGUGCUAUCAACCGCGUGGGCCAGGAGCACUUCCCGAAUGAGUUUACCUCUGGAGAUGGAAAGAAAGCUCACCAGGACUUCGGCUACUUUUAUGGCUCGAGCUACGUGGCAGGCCCGGACAGCAGCCGCACCCCUGGUCUCUCCCGCAAUCGGGAUGGGCUGCUGGUUGCCGAGCUUGACCUGAACCUCUGCCGGCAGGUGAAUGACAUCUGGAACUUCAAGAUGACGGGCAGAUAUGAGAUGUACGCUCGGGAACUUGCCGAAGCCAUCAAACCCAACUACAGCCCCAAUAUUGUGAAAGAGUAGCUGGAUGUCAGUCCCUGCCUACCAAGGAGGGGACCUCUGCCCCUAGCAGCUCAUCAAGUACAGCAGGCUUUUACACCUUCAAGUUCUCCCUCAUGAUGCCCUGAUAACAUUGCUGUACAGAUUGGUUUUAAAAUGCCCAGGCAGGGAGGGUAGAUUGAAGAGUGACUGCUUAAUGAAUAUGAGGUUUCCUUCCUGGGUGAUGAAAUGUUUUGGGGCUACACAGAGGUGAUGGUUACACCUCUAAUGUACUAAAUGUACUAAAUGUACAUGAAUGUACUAAAUGCCAUUGAAUUGUAUACUUUAAAAUGGCUAAUUCUGUGUUAUAUGAAUUUUACCUAAUUUUUAAAAAUCCCAGGCACUGCUUGUGCAGGUUGACUUGCAUUUAAACACAUGGGAUGCCCCAGUCCUGAGGUUCCUCACCUCCUCUGUUUAGACUGUCAGCAACCUGAGGGUAAGGGUGGGAGUGUAUGUCCAAGGGAAAAGCCGAGGCUGAUCCAGAGUCCUUGAAUUACUGGGUGGUUGUGGGCAGGGGAGACGGUCAUUAGAUGUGUCCACUUGGCCAGGCUGCAGUCUCCAGAUAUUCAAUCAGACGCUAAUCUGGGUGUUGCUGUGAAGGUGUUUUGUCGACGUCAUUAAAGUCUGUGACCAGUUAACUAAGCAAGUGAGAUUAUCCUAGAUAAUCCUGAUAGGCCUGAUUCAGUCAGUCAAAAGGCCUUCAGAGGAGAGCUGAGGCUUCCCCAGUGAAAAAGAAAUUCUGCCUGUGGACAGCAGCUUCCUUCCCAGGCCUGUUUGAGUUCCAGUUUGUCCUUCCUGGUGGCCUGCCCUACAGAUUUCAGACUUGUCUGUCCAGCCCCCACAAUCACUUAAGUCAAUGCCUUGCAAUAAAUCUCUUUCAAUAUA